AUGCAGAACAUGCUGACAGUGAUUGCAAACGCACUUAAGGGUGGUGCCAAAAUAAAUGGUGCCCAAACAGUGUCAGAGGGCUCCAGAGUGGUGGUAUCAGCACGUUCUUUUGCUGAUUUGACACCUCAGGCCAGCUUUGACAUCAAGAGAUGUGACCUUCAUCGCUUGGAUGAAGGCCCUUCAGUGCAGACAGUGCUCUCCAGAGAGGAUGGACUCAGGUACUACCGUACUAUGCAGACCAUGAGACGCAUGGAGCUGAGGGCAGAUCAGCUCUACAAGCAGAAGAUCAUACGAGGAUUCUUUCAUCUUUAUGAUGGGCAGGAGGCCUGUGCUGUAGGCAUUGAGGCUGGUAUCAGUCCCAUGGAUCACCUGAUCACAGCAUAUAGGGCUCAUGGUUACACCUACACCAGAGGUGUGUCUGUGAAAGAGAUCAUGGCAGAGCUCACAGGUCGAAGGGGUGGUGUUGCCAAAGGCAAGGGCGGCUUUAUGCACAUGUAUGCCAAGAAUUUCUAUGGCGGGAAUGGUAUUGUUGGUGCCCAGGUGAGAUUUCCUCUUGGGGCAGGUGUGGCCCUGGCAUGCCAGUAUCAGGGUAAGAAUGAGGUUUCUGUCACUCUGUAUGGGGAUGGAGCUGCUAAUCAGGGCCAGAUAUUUGAGUCGUUUAACAUGGCAGCUUUGUGGAAACUCCCCUGUAUUUUCAUCUGUGAGAAUAAUAAAUAUGGCAUGGGGACAUCAGUGGAACGGGCCUCAGCAAGCACAGAUUAUUACAAGAAAGGAGACUACAUUCCUGGUCUGAGGGUGGAUGGCAUGGAUGUUCUCAGCAUGAGAGAGGCAACCAGGUUUGCAGCAGAUUAUUGUAGAUCUGGAAAGGGUCCCAUACUAAUGGAGCUCCAGACAUAUCGUUACCACGGCCACUGCAUGAGCGAUCCUGGGGUCAGUUAUCGCACACGUGAGGAGAUUCAGGAAGCUGGCAGUAAGAGUGACCCCAUCACUAUGCUGAAGGACUGUAUGAUUAGGAGAAACAUGGCUAGCCUGGAAGAGAUCAAGGACAUUGAUGCUGAGGUUCGUAAGGAGAUAGAAGAAGCAGCACAGUUUGCUACCUCUGAUCCAGAACCCCCUCUGGAGGAUUUGUGCAAACACAUCUUCUACAAUGAUGCACCCUUAGAAGUCAGAGGCACCCACCCCUGGAUGAGGCUGAAAUCCAUCAGCUAAAGAACCUUCUGAUGAUUCAGCACUUCAUUCGUCAUAAUACAGCAGCUCUGUUCCUAAACUUAUACGAA